UGGUCAGCGAGUAUUUGUCGGACAGCAGUAUUUAUCGGACGUUCUAUUUAUUUCGUGUAUUUUAACCCAUUAGCACAAUGUUCUACGUCACAUCCUUACGCGCGAUUGUUUUCUCAAUGUUGACACCAGAAAUUCGUUGAAAGGCAAGUAUUGUAGUUAAAUAAUUGUAAUGUUUACAAAUUUUGUCGCAAUGAAAUGUGACCUCCGCGCGGGGGAUAUUAAUAGUACGCGCAUGCGCAAAAUAAUUCACUCAAUAAGGCCCGACCUGUGUUCUUGACAUUUUCGGUCGUCUGCUACAAUACACCAAACCUCCAUUGUUUUUUCUUAAAACCUCAUAUUUAACACGAAACUGAUGUAGUCAACAGCAACAAACUAUUUCAAUUAUUGAUUUGUUUACAUUAAAAACUCGACACACUUUUUUAUAAACAGAUAUCGUAUUUGCUUGCAAAAUGUUUAUAGUUAACGCUUUGAUUAAAGGGAAACAAAUCUUAUUGACGACUAUAUACAUUCACUGCUGGGAUUUUCGCCCUUGAUGGGUUUGUAAUAGCUGUGUUUCGUAAUAUUGAAUAGUCUAAUCUAUGUUAAUGUUUGCAUAGUUUAAGUUAUUUUACGAAUAAACCCCACAUUUGAUACACAAAUAUAAGUUUAGGAAUGCUAGCAUUAAUUAAACGACUUAAAAGGAUAAUGGUAUAUUUAAGUGUCUGUUUUACAAUUAGAAUGUAAUGCAAAAAUGGAUUGAAUUGCAGAAAACAAAUGCAAUCAAGGGAAAAGACACAGAUGCAGCGUGCCGUCUCUGCUGUUAGGCAGCACAGAAUGAAAAUUAGGGUCGCUGCACGGGAAUUCAAUGUUCCACGUAGUACAUUAUCAGAUCAUGUACAUGGGCGUGUUGGCGAGACACGCCCAGGCCCAGUGAGCCUAUUAAACGAUGAGGAAGAGGGGGCUCUUGUGAGUUAUCUAUUAUACAUGGCGGAUCAUGGUUUCCCUAUGACACGAAACAGAACCCGUGUUUAUAUUCGGGAAAUCAUUAAGCAAGGAGGUAGGACAUAUCCGUAUAAGGUGUCAGAGAAUGGGCCGUCAGACGAAUGGUUCCGAAAAUUGUUUGCGCGCCACCCGGAACUUCAGGAACGGACGCCCGAGAGUUUGGAUCCGGCACGUUCCUCAAUGUCGAGGGAGGAUGUCAUAUACCCAUUCUUUGACUUUCUGGACAAAACCCUCACACAGUAUGGUGUAAAAGAUAAACCGUCACAAAUAUUCAACUGUGACGAGACCGGUUGGUCGGGAAAAGAAAAAGCCAAAGAGAAAGUUAUUACUGGAAAAAGGGAGCACACCAUCAGCCGGAAAGUUAUGGGCGGUGGAGGAAACCAUAUAACCGCGCACCUUUGCGUUUGUGCAGAUGGGCGGUUUCUCCCUACAAUGAUUAUUUUCAAGGGUUCAUUGCCACACACGCGUUUUACCGACGGCGUGCCAGACACAUGGCUCUAUGGGAGCAGCUCGACGGGGUAUAUAGACCAUGAGUUGUUUCAAACAUGGUUCAUGAAAGGAUUUCUGCCCCACUGUGGGCGAGCAAGGCCGGUUGUCUUGAUCAUGGACAAUCAUGACGCACACAUUUCCCUACCAGUUAUUCAGGCGGCCAGGGCGAACGAUGUUGUGCUGAUCGGGUUUCCAGGCCAUACCACGCACAUCAUGCAGCCGUUGGAUGUGAAGAUAAUUGGCCCGUUAAAGACAAACAUGGCAUCACUUGCGUCUGAUCUGGGAAUUGUUUGCCCGUCCUUGACUAUAGGGAAAUCCAAAUACCCUGUUUUACUGAAGUAUGCGAUGAACCGCAUCACACCGUGUUGAAAAGCGAUUGGCCAGAAAACAGUAACAGAAGAAAAAAGCGGACGAGAAAAUGGAUAGAGGGAAACUUGCUAACAAGAAGUUUACGUGUGGAGUCUGUUGUAUGAGAGGGAGGGUGUUGGAUGAGAGCAAGGGCAUUGUGUGGUUCGGGUGUGAUGAGAAAGUGUGUGGCAAAUGGUACCAUUUUGAAUGUUUGCAUCGUAGCGAGCAAGAAUACUUACGAGAGAUUAUGGAAGAGGGAGAAAGCUGGUAUUGUAAGGCAUGUAAGCCAUGGCUGUAUUGUGAAGAGUGAAUGGCUGUGUCCCUUGUGUUUCUCGUGCACGAGAUUCAUGUAAGCUGCUUUUGACGUUUGUGAUGUAUUGAUUAUUAUAAAACCUUAUGUAUUGAAUGAAACACGUUUUUGGUAUUAAAUAAUCAUCAUAUUAUAAAUAAUACCAAUGCAAUGAUAA